UAUAAAUAGUAGAACCGUUUUCAAAAAUUAUCAUAAUUGUUCAGUUAUCCAAACAAAUCGCCCAAGAUGAUGAAACUGGUCGUGUUCUCUGCCAUGGUGGCUGUCGCUUUCGGAGCGUAUGCGGGUGACCCCAAACUAGCCCAAAUCAUCAGUGCGCAGUCUGACAGCGAACCCGAUGGCACCUUCCAGUAUAGCUUCGACACAGAGAACGGCAUCUCCGCCAAAGAGGCCGGCGCCCCCAAAAGCCUGGGCGGCACCGACCCCCCAGCAGUGGUGGUAAACGGAGCCUACGAGUAUACCGACCCCGAAGGAGGCAAGGUUCAGGUCUCAUACGUCGCUGACGAAAACGGUUACCAACCCUCCGGCAACGUCCUGCCAACCCCACCACCAACCGUACCAAUUCCCCCAGCUAUCGCCAGGGCCCUGGAGUACAUCGCCGCUCAUCCACAAAAACCUGAGCCCAACAGGCGAUAAGCUUUCGUUAUUCGAAUCGUCCGUAUGGUAUAUUUUUCUUACCGAACAACUGGGAUUAUUUGUAAAUAUAUAUUUAAAGGGAAAAGUAUGUUGUGAUAGAAAAAUGUUAUGUUGUACAUAGUUACGUGUUACAAAUGCAAUUUAUAAAAAAA